AUGAACCGUCUAUUCGGUCGGAAAAAGGACACACAGAAACCAACACUUGAGGACGCGAGUGUCAAGAUCGGUGCCCGCUGUGACGCUGUGGAUGCGCGCGUGAGUAAAAUAGAUGCAGAACUCGCCAAACUAAAGGAGUGCAUCCAGCGGACUACAGGCGCCACGCAGCAGCGGCACAAGCAACGUGCCAUACAGCUACUUCAGCAGAAGCGACUGUACCAAAAUCAGCAAGAUGUUUUAAUGCAGCAGCAAUUCAACAUUGACCAACUACAGUUUACUACCGAGUCGGUUAAGGAUGCCAAACUGCAGGUGGAUGCCAUGAAGGACGCGACAAAGACGCUGAAGCGGGAGUUCAAGAAAAUGUCUGUAGCAGAUGUAGAGAAAUUGCAGGAUGAACUGCUUAACCUCUAUGAGGAUGCGCAGUACGUUCAAGAAGCAAUGGGUCGUUCCUACGAUGUUCCUGACAGUAUCGAUGAGGAUGAAAUGUUAGGCGAGUUGGAGGCACUCGCAAUGCAAUCAGGGAAUGAAGCGGAUUCGAGUUAUUUGUCGGACGCACUUGCUAUGCCUAGUGGGAGGUUACCGGACCUUAUGAGUAACACCCAGCAACAGCAGGAAACUGAAACACCUGAUCCGUAUAAACUGGAAACACAGUUGGGACUGUAA